CACAACGCAACCCAGAGCAAAAGAGACGGGGAGCAGCGAAACAGAGACAUUCGUUUAGUAUUGGGACAAUUUCAGCUUUCCAGUGCCUAUGGAUUCUGCAGUGGAAAACCCCUGUGAGGAGGCUGCUACCCCCCACAGAAGUGGCCACACAGCCGCAGUUGAAGGGAACACUCUGUUCGUCUGGGGAGGCUACAUGUCAACGGCUGACAAUGAAGUUUUCCUACCCAAUGAUGAAAUCUGGCUGUAUGACUUAAAAAGCGCUGAAUGGGAAAUGUACCGAAUGUCAGGGGAAGUCCCGCCCCCCAUGUCAGGUGUCUGUGGCAGUGCUCUGGGUGGUUGUUUGUACAUAUUCGGGGGAUGUGAUGACAAUGGGCAGACCAAUGAGCUUUACUGUGUCAACCUCCUUGAUGGGAACUACAGCUGGAGGAAAGUGAGAGCUGAGACUGGCACUCCUCCCUCACCCAGAGAUAAGCUGUGUUGCUGGGUUUUCAACAACUGGGUCACCUACUUUGGUGGAUACGGUCACAAGAAACUUGAUGACGUCUGGGAUGACAACAGCUUUAACAUGGACACGGCGUCACUGGAGUUGGAUGUUGGCUGGGGAUGGAAUAAUGAGGUCCAUGUCUUCGACACAGUACUAUCCAGUUGGACAGAACCAAAUACCUGUGGUCGCGCACCCUCCCCAAGAGCUGCUCAUGCCGGCGCAACACUCGGACAUAAAGGUUAUGUACACGGAGGCAGAGGGAUGUACACAACAACAUGUGACAUCCAUUGUCUAGAUCUAAAAUCAUGGACCUGGUCUGAAGUUGUACCAGUUUCUACCGUGCCAGCCGGAAGAUCAUGGCAUAGUCUCACCACAGUGUCGGAAAGUACUUUGUUUUUAUUUGGUGGAAUCAAUGUUGACUGCAAACCGAUGAGCGAUGGAUGGAUAUUUGAUGUUGAAAUGAAGAAAUGGAGUAAGUUUAAACAUCGAAACAAGAACCAACCGAGGUUGUGGCACACAGCAAGUCAAACUAUGUACUCUGACGUUCUUGUGUUUGGGGGCUGUUGUGAUUACAUCCACCUAGUAGGAACCUUUGAGAAUCUGACGGGACACAGCAAUCAUGCACUUGUUAUCCAGACCCAGCCUUAUCCACUCUUUUGGAUCUGCGAGGACUAUAUAGCAAAGAAUGUGAAGAACUUGGGGAAACAGGGUUGUAUGGGGCGGGGCUUAUGACGACGCAGCACCAAGAGCUUAAGAGGAAAUCCGUGGGGUCAUUCCCUGUCUCCCUGCCAGGCAGUGAGUUGGAGGAGGAGGCUGCAUAAACGGAGGUGCAGGGCAUGCGGUGUCACCGCCCGUUUGUCCCCCAGAUGCUGUGACAGUGUUUUGCUAUGCUUCAUGUGAGCCUUCCCCAUUUGGGGAAGUGUUUUGAGUUUGAAUGUUUGGGGAUUUCCAGGGAACAUAUAAACUACCCAAAAGAACAAUGGUACCACUCUGGACUUGUUCUUUUCCACCAUCCAGCUUAGUUUUGAACAACUGUGUUUAGGACCUUCCACAAUAGAGAGAUUUGUCAUGCCGGCAAAUCUGUGUUUGUCAAAGAAAUAUGCCAAAGACACGAUCAAUACUUAAAGGUGUAAUCCUAACACCAAUUUUAUAAUAUUCCAGCCAUGUAAAUCCAAUUAAUGAAAGUUGUAUCUACAGUUUUAUGAUGAAACAUGUUCAUGUAUUUUACAGUGGAGCCAACAGUCCUAAAAUAGUCUAAAAUAAGAUUAAGAUGGCAGAUUUAUUGU